UUUUUGGUGCUUGUGGGUCGCAUGUUUCAGAACUUCCGUAGCCCUUAAACCCUCCGGCUGUCUCUCACUGUCCUCGUCUCUCCCCAUUCAUGGCGGCCUUCGAGCGCCUCCUCUCCCAAGCUCGCCGCCAUUGCAUCACCAGGCCUCCCUGUCGACUCUCACUCCUCUGCUCCUCCACCUCUUCCUCUUUAUCUUCUUCGUUUUCAAGUUCUAAAUUUAUAGGGCAUUUUAGAUUCCUCUGUUCAUCAUCAUCUGAAUCAAAGCCAGAGACUCCAGAGGUUCAACCUGUCGAAUCUGCAAGAAAACGCGUUGAAUCCGUUCAUAUAGAAACCGUUUCGUACUCUGUAAAACCGAAAGAUGCAACUAAGUCCGAAGAAGAGCUUCCUCAGCCAACGCCGCAAUCAUCAUCAGGGCCUCCACCUCCUCAGAGGCAAAGAGACUCCAGAUUGCCGACAAGAGGGACUACGGAGACGCGUACUUGGACUCGGGAAGACUUUCGGUAUGUGAAGGACGGGCCUUCGAUAUCUCCGGUGUCAUAUCCGGCGAGGGUAGCACCAUUGCCUGAUGACAGAGUUGCAGUGUCCGCUGAAGAAGAAGCUCCGAAAGAGGAGGAUGAACGGUUGGUGAGAGAGAGGAGGAGGAUUGAUGCUGCUGAACGGAUAAGAAAGCGAGUGUUUACGGUCGAAGAAGAGACAGUUCCAUUCCCAACGCUAAUCAAGGUGGAGAAAAAGGAGAAACAGAAGGUUAUAUAUGAUUUGCAGGAGGCAAUUCGGCAGGUGAAGACUAAUGCCAAGAGGAGUUUUGAUGAAACUGUUGAAGCACAUGUGAAAUUGGGUAUUAAUACACGUCGAACUGACCUGGCAGUUCGCGGUGCUCUGACUUUGCCGCAUGGUACUGGGAAGGUUGUCAGGGUGGCUGUCUUUGCCGAUGGGGAAGCAGCUAGUGAAGCCAGAGCUGCAGGAGCUGAUAUUGUUGGUGGUGCUGAACUUAUUGAGGAAAUAAAGAAUAGUGGUGCUGUACCCAAGGUUGACUUGUGCAUCUCAAGUGAAUUGUUCAUGGACCGAGUGAAAAAGAUAUCAAAUAUUCUUCGCAGUUUGAUGCCAAACCCUAGAAAAGGUUCUGUGACCAAUGAUGUUGCUAGGGCAGUGAAAGAGGCAAAACGGGGAUUUGUUGAAUUUAGAAUGGACAACACUGCUAUAGUGCAUGCAGGACUUGGAAAGGUAAAUUUUUCAGAAGAGUUCCUGCAUGAGAAUAUUGGAGCAUUUGUGAAUGCCCUCUUGCUUGCAAAGCCUGCUGGCUUGAAGAAGACUUCCAAAUAUGCUGGUUAUGUGAACUCCUUCUAUUUGUGCAGCACGAUGGGUCCGAGUUUCCCUGUUUCAAUACAGUCAAUAUCCAUGGCUGCGGAUCACUACAACAAAUUGAAUCCGCAGUGAAAGUGGUCAGGAGAUGAUUUCAUUCACAACUUAGAUCAUAUUUUGACAUAAAAAUCCCUUGUGGUUGAAGAACCGCCCUCCACCCAUAUAUGCAGAUGCUCUCUCUGGGGCAUACAGCAGUAGGUAUGUAAUUGGGAUUAGAAUGUGGUUGUAUUGAUUUAUGUAUCCUUGGUUUCUGUCAGAAAUGAGGUGGUAGUUUGUGUCCACAACUAGGCUUGGAACAAGCUUGUGUUUGAUGCUCGUUUUGAGUUGAACAUCAACACAUUGAGAUUUAUCCCUUGGUGGAUCCUUUGCAGGAAGCUUUGUAACGCAUAUUGAUUCUUCAUGCGACACAUUUCCCGUAGUCUUGUUUUUUGAUACAUGUGGAAUGGACAAUCCAUGAAAUUUCCCUUGCUACUUAA